AUGUGGUCGGGUGGAAAUGGAAUCUUUGUUUUUCUAUUCAUAAAUAUUUAUGUAAAAAUAAUAUUUGCUGUAAGUUUUUUUUUGCAUUUGGCAGUAAUAUUCAAGCUCAAUUUCAGAAAUUGCAUAGAAAAGCUCGCUGUUUUUGUCCGAGCAACAUUUUUUCGCUAUUUAAAAAUUUGUAGCAAGCUACAUUUCCCCGGGAUUUUCAAUUUUGUAAUUUCAACUUUUCAAAACCAUUUUCCUUAUUCCAGAUCUAUCUAAAAUGCCCAACUGAAAAUCUAAGACAAUUAACUGGAAACUUGGUGGGAAUAAUGUCAUCAGCUGCAACUUAUUCCAGAUAUGAUCAAGAUUUUUGUAGUUAUGCAGGUUUGUUUCGAAUAUCCUUUUGGUUACCAUUAGAAACGGAGCAUGUGAAUUAUGGGGGAAAUGCGAACAAAAAAAUAAUUAUGAAAACGGGAUACGGUGGUUGAGAUUCAGCUUCAGAUUCAGGGGAGGGUUAUAAAUAAAUUGAACUUUAGGGAGAACUUUGAAGGAAAUUAAUACUUCCUUAAAAAAAAGAAGGAAUAAGGAAAUGUUUAUUUUCAGAUCAGACCUAUAAUUCUUACUCCUACACAAGGGAACUUUGCAGGAAAUUAACAAAAAUUUCACGGUAGAAAAUAUUAGUCUGAUCAGAAAAUGAAGGUAUUCAGUCGGAAAAUAGAUUUUUGUGUAGGUGUGAAUUUCGUCAAAGAUUUUUCAUAUUUUAAUCAGAAUAAUUAUUUCUGAUUUAAUUUUCUAACUCUGAAAUAUUCAUCGACAAUUUUAUCAGAAUUCAAGACUAUUAAUAAAUAAAUAAAUUGCACUUUCUCUACAUUCCAAGUAUAUCACAUAAAAUACAUUUUUGGAUGUUACAGUAGGAAAGGGUCUGGUCUAACAAGUCUGAAAAGUUUAUUCAAAAGCCUGAUAUUUUCAGAAUCUCCCGGCAAAGGUCAUUUCUAUUGUGUUGAUUGUUUCAAAGAGUGUCCAGAAAAAUCAAUUGGUGGUUAUUCGAAUUUUCUGCUCGUUCUCACCAAACCUUUGGAUAACAUGAAUCAAGAAAAUCAAUUGGGAAAAUCUCUAACAAUUUUCACUUUAGACAGCCGCUCAACUGAUAUUCAAGCAUCGUGUAAUAUAUCACAAUCCACUGAUGUGAGUUUUUGUUUCAGUAUUGAUAAAGCUGUGGAAUCAGGUUGAUUCUGGAAAUGUUUGAUUGGGAUCAGUGAAAUACCGAGUCAGAACGAUUUCUAUGAAAAAUUCGGUCACCCUGGUUCGAUUCAAUCUUUCAAAAUCGUGUCCAAUUUCAAAUUCCCAUUAUGGAUGUCAAUAAAAUUACAAUUUCGCUAUAGUCUUUCUUGCAGAUUGGAAAACAAAACGAAGGUGACUCAGGAGGAGAUGCUCUUCGAUCAUUCUCAAAAACAUCCGUUUUAUUCGUCUCGAUUUCAUUUAUCAUUCUCAUGGUCAUUUCUUUAGCUUGGCUUGUCUUUUACUAUGUGCAAAGAUUUCGAUACGCACAUGCAAAAGAUAGAUUACAGAGAAGGUUUGUCGAGGAACUUGAGUAGUGAACUUUUUUCCAAACCCGGAAGCUUUUUCUUUUUUUUGUGCUUCAGCUUCAUCUUAUUUUUUCUUUUUUUUUCGUUCGUAGAAGCGCACAAUUAAGUAGACUGACUCAGAGAAGAGAAAAAAAAAAUGAAAAACAACAUUUGUACUAGUAGGCUUAUUCUGCUUCCUGCCUACUCACAAAAUGAUCGUUGAUUUAUUAUGUGAAGUUCGAAUUAAUAAAACAAUUCUGUUAGUUUUGGAAAUUGGAUUUUUCGAAUUUCAGAUUAUUCAAUGCUGCUCGCAAAGCUUUGGGAAGAAUCGCACUUCGAACAAUUCAGAAAAACGAUGAAGAAUUGCAAAUCGAUUGUGCUGUGUGUUUAGAUCCGUAUCAAGUCAAUGAUAUUGUUAGGAUAUUGCCAUGCAGGUGAAUUUGCUUUUUUAUUGAGAAAUUGUUUUCGUGGUUACUUGGAUUAUAAGACAAUUUUCUUGGAAAAAGAGAGGGGUCUGAAGAUUUCCUGAUAAGACAUGGAAUGAAAGUUAUCUCAAAAUUUAGGGCACAUUUAGUAUAGUGAAUCCCCAUUGGAUUUUUUGAACUUGAAAACAAGCUUUUUGGACUAACACUUUUUGAAUAAGAGUUCAUACCUUCUCAUCAUUUCGGAUAAGAGUAAAGUUGAGGCAAGGAAGAAAAAUUUACCUCUAGAGAAUCUUUAGUAUAGUCCAAAAGCAAAGUAUAAACCAAUAACACUCCAAACUUGUAUAUCUACUUCUCCUUUUCAACUCUUUGUUUUCUAGGCACAUUUAUCAUAAAUCGUGCAUUGAUCCAUGGCUUUUGGAACAUCGAACGUGUCCAAUGUGUAAAUCAGAUAUACUCAAACAUUUUGGAUAUCAUUACACUGAUAAUCCAAAUAUGCGAAAUCCAGAGGAAGGUGUUCAACAAACGGGUCAAACACAAGGAGAAACGGGUCAAGUAGUUACUGAAAUUGGUAAGCUUCAGGUGAAACAAAUUCAAAACUAUCGUGAUUUUUUUAGUAUCACCAGAAGGAACAUCAGAAUCAUCGGGUUCGGCUGGAUUCUCAUUCGAUCAUUCCGAACACAUCGAAACAUUUGCAUUCACUCCGAGUGUUCCGCCACAACUCGUUUUGAACGCCUCAAAUGCCAAAUCAUUUGUGAUGCCAAUGUCGGGUCGAAUCGGUUCGGCUGGAAAUGGAGCGAGUUCGAGAGAACAUAUUCAACCGACAAGUUAUUCGGCACGAGGACAUAAUCGAAAUGAAACACCAAGUCGGAUAAUUCGAACAGCUGUUGGAACAGCAACAACUAAUGGAUUACCAGUUAUUACUGGACAUAAUACACCAAAUAUUCCAACUGGACCACAAAUUGUAAAUCUUGUACAGGUAUGGUAAUAGAACUUUAAAAUCUCAAUAUCGUUGAAAUUUGCCACCUCAUAAGUCAGAUUAUGAAAAUUAAAAGUUGACCACAUGAUCCUACCAAUAUUUUCAGGUAAAAUCACGUGCGGCUUCAGUUACACGUGCGGCAACAAUACGAAAAGAAAGUAUACCUCAACCAACACCAAUUGACGUGGUCAUCGAAAGACCAACCACCUCAACCAACACUCAAACUGUAUAA